AUGGACCCCGUCGAUCACCUCUUCCACCCCGGCCCAGCUUAUCCGUCCUACCGUCAGUCUUUUCCGCAGAAAACAAACAUAUCCCCGCACGCUGACCCCCGCCCAGCCCACCAGCCCGUCUACAACUUCUACCCCCACCGUCCCUCGCCCCCGCACUCUCCAGCGCCAGUCCCCCUCUUCCACCAGCAGCCACCCCAGGACUCCCACCAGCGCGACCCAGACCAGCCCGUCGACCAGAUACACGACGACCCCCCCAUCGACGAGGAGCCCCUCUAUGUCAACGCGAAGCAGUAUUAUCGCAUUCUCAAACGGCGCGUCGCCCGCGCCCGCAUCGAGGAGCUGCACAGGCUCUCCAAGCAGCGCAAGCCGUACCUCCACGAGUCGCGCCAUAAGCAUGCCAUGCGCCGUCCCCGCGGCCCCGGCGGCCGCUUCCUCACCGCAGAGGAGAUAGCCGCACAAAAGAACCUGCAAGCCGAUGCGGGGCCUUCCAACUCCACAUCCCCGGACGCCGACGAUGAGGACGCCAUCGACGUCGACCGCGACAUUGACAGGGACGUCGACAUGUCCGUCGACAGCCCCAUCGAGCCCCCUAAGCCGCCGACGUUCCAAAUCCAGCAGCUCGAGGAGCAGCGCGUCCAGCCGAAGCUGCAGGCACUCGAGGAGCAGGAUCAUAGCGAGAAGCCGCGCCCUCCGCCAGCCUCGCAGCCAUCUAUUCAACCAUCUAUACAGCCGCGUCCGCAACGUCCGCGCCAGCCGUCCCCGUCUUACAUACAGCCGCAGGCCCAGAUGCAGGCGCAGCAACAGCUUCAAGCGCAGUCACAGAUGCAGGCGCAACACCAAUUACAAGCGCAUGCGCAGAUGCGCGUGCAGCACCCAAUACAGCCUCAGGCUCCGCAGAUGAUUCGGCAGCACUCGCAGACCCGUAUUCAGAUGCAGCCUCAGACACAAAUGCAACCACCAGCGUCGGCGCAUUCACAGACCCAGCAGACGAUUCGCCGGCCGUCUCUGACUCUCCAGCAGCAGCAGCAGCAGUUACCACAGCAUUCCCCCCUCGUGCACUCGCAAGCGCAGCUUCAGCCGCAACAGCAACAACAAUCGCAGCCGAUGCGCUCACCCACAUACGAGCAUCCGCACCAACACCAGCACAUGGGGAUGUUGCACGGCACCAGCCCAACGAACCUCAUGAACGUCAACGCCAACGUUGGCUACCACCAUCCGCUUUCGCCUGCGCCAGUCUCGCCGGUUCCCCAAGAUGGACAUCGUGCGCACGAGCACUCGCGUCACCUCGGAUCUCACCUUCAGCAGGUGUCGUCGGUUCAGCAGAUGCAGGACUCGCCCUCGCAGACGACAUCGCCACAGAUGACGUCCCCGCAGAUCUCACUGCGCGCGCCGUAUGCGGCAAUGCAGAUGCACCAUGUUCCGCACCCGCAUGCUCACGCACGCCAUCAUCAUUCACUCGUUGGUCGGGGGGAGCAAGUUUACCAUGACGUGCCCGGCAGCGAGUAUAGCGGCGGCGCAUCGGGGAGGCGAUAG